GGAAAUUUGAGCAAAAGCGCCAAAAUGGUGCGGUAUUUACCGAUUGGUGAAAUUGGCGCGUAUUUUGCAUUGAAUUUCAUCUUUCUCUGCUACUCAUCUUACAGAGUUUUCAGCUACGGAAAAGCAAUUUACAGAGAAAAUGCAGAUUUUGGAUUUAGCGAAGGCUGGAGGAUAAUUGGACGACCCAAAGAUGAUAUGGAUUACGAAUGGCACAAUUGGAAAAAUUUUCUGAUUGAGCACGCUUUCUGGUACAUAAUCCAUUUGGUUUUUGGACAAAUUGUCCGGAUACUGAGACAGAAACCUUCUCCCUUUUGCUAUGCAGCAAUCUCGUUCAUCUUCAUCUUCACGAGAUAUGGAUUCAUUAUGACCAUUGCAACCCUCGUGAGUGCUUCAGUAUUUUAUGGUCUAGCAAAGACCAGUUCUAAGGCUGUAUUCUGGGCUGGGAGUUCAGUGUACCUCGUGGUAUUGAAUCUGCUAAAAACUGAUGCUUUCUUUGACUUCCUGACCAUGCACACGAGACUUGGUGAACGAGAAAUCUACGAGAUUUUGAUAGUUUUUGCGUGGAAACUGCUCAAAUGCAUUAGUUUUGGCAUUGACUGUAUUGAAGAUCGGCAUUCCGGGCAAUCACAUGCAGAUGAAUUUUCUCUGGAGGCUUUUUUGGGAUAUGUUUUCUAUUUUCCAACUUUGCAUUUGGGACCAAUAAUGAUCUAUUCAAGGUACCGCAAGUCCCUCAAGACAGAAUUUUCUGAAUUGAGUACGGAGAAAAUUUUAUUUUUUCUCAAAGAUAUUUUGCUGUCAAUUUUUUGGAUGAUCUUCCUGGAGGGAGCUUUGCAUUUUUUCUACGUCAACAAUCUCCAGGCCAAUGAGAAGAUUGUCUCAGAACUGGAUUCAUGGGCUCUGUAUGGAUUUGGGUAUUUACUUGGGCAGUUCUUUCACAUCAAAUAUGUCAUUGCUUAUGGAAUUGGAAUGGCAUUUGCUCGAAUGGAUGGAAUUGAUCCACCAAGGAAGCCUAAAUGCAUCUCCCGGAUUCAUCUGUAUUCUGACAUGUGGAAGCACUUUGAUCAUGGACUCUAUGAGUUCCUUUUUCGCUACAUUUAUUGUGCACUCUGUGCAAAAACUUCGUCAGUUGGAAGGAAAUUUCUAGCCAGCUUCCUGACAUUCGUCUUCAUCUUCUUCUGGCAUGGAUUCUACUUUUACAUCUUCAUCUGGUCACUGAUGAAUUUUCUCUGCUUGACUGUUGAGAGCUUCUCCCGGCAGCUCUCGAAGACACCCGGAUACCGACAAUUUGUUCAGACGUACUUCCGGGAAACCUGGGAAUAUCGAUGGAAUGGAGCUCUCGGCACGCUUUUGCUCAUUCCAGCCGUUAUUUCGAACUUUUUCUUCCUGGCCAGCUACGAUGUUGGUGUCAUAUUUGUUCAGAGGACUUUCUGUAGUGGCUUUCUUCACUAUCUAUGCGUCUUUGGAGGUGUCAUCUGCAUCUUCUUCACGUCUGAGUUCAUCAAGCGCCAUGAGAAUGCCCUCAGGGACAAAAACGCAGAAAAAAUGUACAUCACAAGAGAAAUCAUCACGAAAUAAAAGUAUUAUUUUUCCCCUUCA